AUGGCUGGAGAGGCCCGGGGGUUGCUUAUAUCAAUGCAAGUAGGUCAAAUAGAACUACCGAAACUAGUAUGGGCUCUCAAGUUUUUUAUAAAGAAAUGGGGAAGAGGAACUUUUGGCUCAUUACAGAAGGAGGUGGAUAAACAUGAAACUCUUAUUGAUGUUUAUGACAGUCUGGAGGAAAUAGAUAUAUUAAACAGUGAGGAUUAUGCAGCUAGAGAGUUAGCAAGAAUCAAUCACAAGAAAGCUUCUCUGAAUUUGGCAAGGAAGUGGUUCUCAAGGUCUAAAGGUCAGUGGUUAGCAGAAGGUGAAAAAAUUCAAGAUUCUUCCAUAAAUAUGCUUCUUAUAAGCAGAAGUUUAAGUGUUAUGCAAAGUAUAAUGUUGGAGAAACCAUUUGAGGAGAGUGAAGUUAAAAAUGUGAUAUGGAAUUUUGGCAAGAAUAAAUCACCAAGACCAGAUGGAUACACUAUGGAAUUAUUCAAGGCAGUACCAAUUAGUCUUAUUGGUGGGAUCUACAAGAUAAUUUCUAAGCUUCUGGCAGACACAUUAAAACAAGUACUUCCUUCAAUUAUUUCUGAAUUCCAGGGUGCUUUUGUUGAUUCUAGGAAGAUAAGUGAUGGCAUUCUUAUUGCAUCUGAGCUAAUUGAUAGUAAAAGUGGACUUGCAGAAAGCAUUUGA